ACAAAUUUGGAUCUACAGAAUUUCCUCAUAAGCACUGUCAACUUUUGCAAAACCUCUUCCAUUAAAAACACACAGUUUAUUAAAUCUCAGAUUCGCAGCCUUCUAGAACCUCAUGUCUACAAAGUGAAAAACUUUCCUCAGCUGAAGUCAAUUAUGCAGUGGAUCUACCAAACAGAGUCAGAGGAACCACAAGUCAAAAUCACUGAAUUGUCUGAAUUCCUUAAAAAUUUAAAAGAAAUCCAAAAAUUUCUCACAGAAGCAAACAUCAAAUCUGAGUCCCCAGAAACAGUGGAAGAGGCUCAAAGGAAAGCUACAUGUGAUGUCACCACAGCUCUGAGCUCUUUCUUGAACUACCUCAGAGAAACAGAGCAACCAGACAUGCAGCUGCUACUACUCUCCAUCGCAGCUGGUGCAGGCUAUCAGCUGAAAAGUGGUAUUUUCCAACCUCUCCUGGGGUGUGCUGAGUUAACCUUCCUCCUGGAUGAAAUA